CUCGCUUCCACUUCCGAGUCUGGCCCCUCGGGUUGCGGAGGGAAGCAGCAGGCGGUGGCGACAGCGGCAGCAGCAGGGAAGAGAGAAUCAAAACUCUAGUCUCUUUUAAGCAGAGCUGACUGGCAUAGUGGAAACUGCCAUGAGACUUCUCUGUACCGCACUUUCUUUGGCCUUGAUUUACCAGCUAGUUGAUGCUACCUUAUCAAAGACAGAUGCAAAGAAAAUGGCUUCAAAAACACUGGAGGAAAAGAUAUUGCAUUCAGACAGAAUUGUACAAGACCGGGGUCUGGUAGUCACUGAUCCAAAGGCAAAAGAUAUUGUGUUGGAACACAAAAGUUACUGUGCCAAGAAAAUGAAGGAGAGACACUUCUGGGGAGAUGUUCUGGGAUAUAUCACCCCUUGGAACAGCCAUGGCUACGACAUUGCUAAAAUGUUUGGAAACAAAUUUACGUUGAUCUCCCCAGUGUGGCUACAGGUGAAAAGAAAGGGAAAGGAGAUGUUCCAGUUCACAGGACUACAUGAUGCUGACCAAGACGUGAUAGAAAUAAUACAAAAACAGUAGAAAACGACUAGAGCGCUACCGGGAUUUUGUCUUGAUGGCUGCGACUUACCAGAUUUUGAGAGUAUUUUUGGCAGUAGGAAGCUAGAGGAGCUUUCCAAGACCAUCGGUGCAAAUAGCCAAGAAGAAAAUUUUGAUGGAUACGUAGUUGAAGUAUGGAGUCAGCUGGGAAAUCAAAAACAAGCUGCUGCUGGGCUUGUGGAGUUAGUGACCCACCUCUCUGAAGAACUCCACAAGGCAUCUCUGAAGAUGAUCCAGGCCCUCCUGACUCCACCAGGUGCCAGCCCAGGGACCAACCAGCUGGGAAUGUUCACAAAGAAAGAAUUUGAUCAAUUGGCCCCAGUAAUGGACAGCUUCAGUCUCAUGACGUACGACUAUUCAACACCACAGCG